GUUUUGCUUCCUGCUUUUCUUUGUAAACCAAAAAUCUUACCUUUUGAUCAAAAUCUUUUGCUCCCUUUUAUUAUUUUGCUUUCACCAAACAGAGCUGGUCAAGUGGCUAAAACCCAAAAAUAGAUACUCCCUGAGAAAUUGGAAAAUGUUUGGUUGCUGGGAAAAUAAAAAAGAUGAAGACUUUUGCUUCCAUUUGAAUUAUUAUAACUAAAAUUAAUGAUUCUCUUGUUCUUUGUGGCGGUUUUUCCAAGCUAAUGGAUGAUUUGCUGAGAAAAUCGAGGGAAGAUCAAUUUUUUUUUUUUGGCUAUGAAUAAGUUCUUUGUUUUGGAGUAUUUGUUGGUUUUCUUAUAAAUUUUUGUAUAUGCAGCACAAUUGGCGGUUCGACCAAGGACUGAUUUUUGUUGGUUUGCUAAAGAUAUUCACAAACUGAUAUGAUGGCUUGAAAAUGAAGAACAGUUGAUCAAAGGCCAAAAAAAAGAAACUUUACCAAAUGGAGCAAACACUCGAAAACCUCCAUGAAAGCAAUGAUCAUGUUCUUGAUAUAGCACCAAACGAUGGUCAAGUUGUGAACAAUGUUGACUCUCAUGAACCUGUGAUUCAACCAUCUUCAAGUCAUGGAAGUUUUAUGUCACCAUUUUGUUUUUGGGUUUAUAUUAGAUUAGUUUUCAAUAUAAGUCAAAUUGUUGCUUCAAUAACUGUUAUAGUAGUUUCUAGAAAUGAAAAACCACAAGCUCCAUUGUCUACUUGGAUUAUGGGUUAUGCUGCAGGUUGUGCUGCUUCUAUUCCAAUCCUUUUCCAACAUUGUUUUCUUCCAUAUCCGACGCUUAGCAGAUUAUUAGAGCACUUUAAAUGGGUGCUAAAAGCUUACUUUUUUGUAUGGUUUAUUAUUGGAAAUGUUUGGUUAUUUGGAGGUUACUCUUCCUCGCGGGCUUCGAAUUUACACAGGUUAUGUAUAAUGUUUCUCGUCUUUAGCUAUCUCGAGUUUACUAUGCCCUUCAUCCUAUGUGUGGUUUUAGCAUGCUGUUGUGGAGACCUAGGCCUAAUUAAAGGAGCCUCUUCGGAAUGCAUCGAUUCAUUGCCAACUUACACGUUCAAGUUACAAAAAGACGGUAGCGGAAGCAUAAGGAAAAUUAAUUCGGAAGUUAAAGGAGGGGCUGAAACUGUAGGAACCGAAAAGGACUGCGCUAUUCCGGGAGAUGAUGCUGUUUGCUGCAUUUGUUUGGCGAGUUAUGCCGACAAUGAUAUGCUAAAGGAACUCCCUUGCUCUCAUUUCUUCCAUACCAACUGUGUAGAUAAAUGGCUCAAGAUGAAAGCUCUUUGUCCGCUUUGCAAAUGCACGGUUUUGAUUACGAAAUGAGGGUUUGCCUUUUUGUUAUUGAUAUUCGAUAGUAGUUCUUAACCACCUUUCCAAGUAGGUUACUCCCCCGAUUACCGACAACGGUGGAAGACGCGCAAAAUGAGAAGAGGGAAACGGGAAACAAAGAAAUCUAAACCACAAAGAUUGUACAUACAAGGAUAUCUGUAAUAUACUUGAAUGCAAUUUGUUGAUGCCAAA